AUGUCGUCGUUGUUGGCGCCAGAUGUAGCGGAGUCGUCGCGCGCCGACCAGCAAGCGGAGCAGGAGCCCGAGUCGGAGCCGCAGCAGCGGCAGCGCAAGUGGGUGGCCCUCGUCUCCGCUGCCGUCCUCCUCGGCAACGAGGACGAGCGCGCCCAGGAGAUCGCCGUCGGCUCCGACGUGCUGUUCGACCUCCACGACCCGGCGCUGCCCUCCUACCUGGUGCUGCACCCCCGCAUCGCCCCCGACCCCAGGCGCAACGACGGGCCGCUGUCCGCCUACAUCCUCGCCGCCGACCGCUCCGCCUGCAUCCUCGUCCAGGUCGUCGAAGGCAACCAGCCGGACUUCUUCCUCUGCAACACCCACAGACGUACCGUCACCAUCCUCCCCCCGGUGCCUUCCUAUAUCCAGGCCAGGGGCGAUCCCAUCCGCCCCCGUCUCAGCAUCGGCCUCAUCGCCGACCCGCACCACCACGGCCACUACGUGGUCGUCCAGUUCCACCCCGCCACCUCCGUCGACCAACUCAACAGGAUCCUCUUCUACUCCACCGCCCACGGCCGGUGGCUCAUCAGGGGGCUCAACAUGCCACAGGCCCGCCGCAUGCGCAACCCCUUCUCCGAGACCGGCGUGCUCGCCCACGACGGCCGCCUCUGGUGGAUCGCCCUCGCCUAUGGCGUGUUCUUCUGCGACCCCUGCGCGCCCCGAUUCGAGUGUCCCGAGCUGCGCUUCCUCCCGCUCCCGGACGACUGCGAGAUGGAGGGCGACGUCGCCUUCGACCCCCGCAUCAAGACCCUCAUCGACCAGCGCCGCUGCGUCAGGCUCAGCGAGGGCAAGCUUCGCUUCGUCGAGAUCCGCGGCCUCUCCUACGACGAGCUCGUCGACGUACCCGCGGCCGCGGCUAACCCCACCGUCCGGAUGUGGACGCUCGACGACCCGGAGGGCCCCGACCCAUGGACGUUCGAGUACGAGGUGGCCUUCGCCGAAAUCUGGGAGAACAAGACCUACACCGACGCGGGCCUGCUGCCGGACGAGGUGCCCCACGUCGCCCUCGUCGACCCCAACAACCACUUCGUCGUCUACUUCUUCCAGGGCUCGAAGCUCUUCGGCUUCGACAUGCGCGAGAAGAAUGUCGUCGGCUGCAAGGAAUGCCUGAUAGACCGUGAUCAACUCAGGUUCCAAUCCUCCCGCCCCAUCGUCGAUGCCUGGGAGCUACCGCCACCGCCACCCACGCUUCCAGGCGAAGACAGCUCUUCACCAGACGAUAAAGUUUGGUCAAGACAGUCUUAUGCCGAGGAAAUGAAGAGCCAGGUGACCGAAUCUGUUGACUCUUGGCUAACCCAGGCCCGGUUGGAGUGGACGAGGGACACGGACGCAUCAGAGGAGAACUGGAGGGCAUGGAAGAUGGCACCACCAACAUCUGAUGAAUCAUCUGCUAACUCGGGUGGCCAAGCUGAUGAUGAGCCGGAGAUGCAGUUCCCUCUUUCUCUGUAGGUGAGGCAGAGAGCCCAGAGACCGAUUCAUCGUGUCAAUAUGUGGAAGCUUCUUUUCGAUCUUGCGAUUCAGAUACAUAGAGUAGAGCUUGCAGCUUUGUGUCAUGGACAUCUCAUUUGAGUUCAUGAAAGCCAAGGAACAAUCAUACCGGGACCGUUAGUUGUUAUGGGGAUGUGUUUGCAGUUCCAGUACUGGAAUGCCAGUCCUGUGGUAACCUCUUCAUAUUUUUUGUUUGUUUGUUUCGGAAUGGAUUGCCUUUGUCCGUUGGGCUGUGAAAACAUGCAAUGUGUCGCAUGUCGAUCUGUCAAUACAAAUGGAAUUCAGUUUUGGUUCUCCAUGUUCAUUCCUUA